GAAACUCAAAAUUUCACGUUGAAAUCUCAGGGAAGGACUGGGCUGCUCAGGUGUGUCCUACCUGCUCCUUCAGACCUUGUGAAAUAAUCCGGGAGAGAAAAGUAGACUUACCUGUAGCCCAGGUUCUGGCAUCUCUCUCACUCGCUCUCUGUCUUCUGUUACCUGCACCGACUUGAAAGUCCAGUUUCACAAGGAAGAACCGCGGAAGAAGAGAAAUAUGUCACAGGAGACAGACAGUAAGAGGCUGGUGGUAGUGGUGCCCAAUGAGCAGUCCUUCCACCCACGUCGGGCCUACACCAGCGAGGAUGAGGCCUGGAGGUCUUACCUGGAAAACCCUCUUACUGCGGCCACAAAGGCCAUGAUGAGCAUCAAUGGAGAUGAAGACAGUGCUGCAGCUUUAGGGCUCCUCUAUGAGUACUACAAGGUACCCAAAGACAAGAGAGUAUUACCCAUCAGCAAAGUUGCUGAAAUUUCAGAGGAACAGGAAAAGAGAAUCACGGUGGUGGGAAACAGUAGUCAGAUGGAGCCAGAAACGUUUGAUAACCACGUGCAGGUCCUGAAAUCAGUGCCAGUUAAUCUGUCGGUCAACAAUGAUCACCAGGAAAAUAAGCGGGAGCAGUACAGCGUGGGGUCAGGGGAGAGUGGGGCCGUUGCAGUGGUAAAAGCUGAGGUGUACACCCCUGUUUUCUUGGGUUCAGGGGUUCACUACAGGACCGAGGGCGAGGAGCAAACACGGGUCAUUUAUGAACAGACCCACUCGUUCGACACCCCGACAGUAUGUCAUAGUGAAUAUGGGAAGGACGACCAUCGCAGUAGUCCAGAUAGCACAUAUGAAGAAGACUGCAAUGAGAAGUACCGCUCUUCAUCUCUUGGAGCUGAUGAUUUCAAAUUUGACCAGUCAGAUAUAGACACCUUCCAGUACACACUAGAGGCCACCAGGUCUUUGCGGCAGAAGCAGGGUGAGGGGCCCAUGACCUACCUGAACAAGGGCCAGUUCUACGCCAUUACACUGAAUGAGACAAGUGCCAAUAAACGCCUCCGACAUCCCAUCAGCAAAGUGAGGAGUGUCAUCAUGGUUGUGUUCAGUGAAGAUAAGAACCGUGACGAGCAGCUCAAGUACUGGAAGUAUUGGCACUCUCGACAGCACACGGCCAAGCAAAGGGUUCUGGACAUUGCUGACUACAAAGAGAGCUUCAACACAAUUGGGAAUAUUGAAGAAAUCGCCUACAAUGCUGUGUCCUUUACUUGGGACGUGAACGAGGAGGGCAAGAUCUUCAUCACGGUGAACUGUCUGAGCACAGAUUUCUCCUCUCAGAAGGGAGUGAAGGGUCUUCCGCUCAUGAUUCAGAUCGACACCUACAGCUACAACAACCGCAGUAACAAACCCCUGCACAGAGCCUAUUGCCAGAUCAAGGUCUUCUGCGAUAAGGGAGCAGAGAGGAAGAUCAGAGAUGAGGAGAGGAAACAAAACCGCAAAAAGACAAAAGGAAAAGAAGGAGGUGUUGGGGCAGUUACUGUCCCGAAAAAGUGUGACACCACCUUCUUUAAAACGAUGACUGAUUUGGAUGCCCAGCCGGUUCUGUUUAUCCCUGAUGUUCACUUUGGGAACUUACAGAGGGCAGGCCAGGUAUUUGCCUUUAACACAGAUGAAAUAGAGCGAGAGGGAAGUGUUCUGGUAAAGAGGAUGUUCCGCUCAUCUGAGGAAGACUUCUGCCCACCCCCUCACAAACAGAUGAGAGAGGACACACAGAAGAGAGUUCUCCUGUAUGUGAGGAAAGAGUCAGAUGAGGUGUUUGAUGCUCUGAUGCUGCGGACACCCACUCUCAGAGGACUGAUGGAUGCAAUUUCAGAGAAAUAUGGCGUGCCCAUCGACAGGAUAGCCAAGAUUUACAAGAAGAGCAAGAAAGGGAUCUUGGUGAACAUGGAUGAUAAUAUCAUCGAACACUACUCUAAUGAGGACACAUUUAUCCUGAGUAUUGAGAACUACGCAGAUGCCUACAAAAUCACAUUGACAGAAAUAUAAACAUCAUUGCAUGAAUAUCUAACGUUGAGUAUGCUUAAGCUACAAGACUUGUUACUUGGACCAUCAGUCUGGUCAUCAUUCAUCAUCGGCUGUUCACAAAUUGAAUUCAAAGGGCCAAAAGUUGACAUACCUCAUUUUCAAAUCCUCAUGCAUGAGUUUUUUAGUGGUCAGUAAAUUUCAGAGGGUCCCAAAAGUGUCCAGUGUGUAAACAGUCCAGAAGCUGGAGGUUGUUUAUCAUUAUUGUGCUGUUGAUGAAAAUUAUUGCUAGUGGUAACAAAAUUUUAAUCUUAAAGGUGCUAUGUGUAAGAUUGACAACAAGCAUUUGAAAUGGGUACUGCAGUCCAAAUUCAAAAUAUUGGAGAGUUUUCUGCACCCCCCCCACCCCCCCCCACAGACUCGAAGCUCAUGUGGGUUGCCAGAAUGUAGACACGCAAAUUAGCCAACUCAGCGUCCGUUUUAAAUGAUUUCUGGGCUUUAAGCUGUCUCCAUCUUCCAAAGGCAUCUCCAAUAUUUAUCCUUGUUUUACUACACCUCUGGUCAUGGUGGUUUUUAGAUGGAUGGUAAGGCUUUUUAGGUUGGGUGGAAUCUGUUAUCUCUGAUCCAGUUCAUUUGCUGGCUUCCAUGGCUGCAGCACGCAGUGUUGUUUUCCUGCAAACUUGUUCAAAUCUGGCAACCCGGCGGUGUCGAAAUACUAUUGGUGAAUGGGCAGUAGGCGGGAUCACACAGGCCAAAACAUAAACAGAAAUUCCAGCCCGGAAUGGAAACUUUAAACUAGAAUAUACUGGCUGUAGCAUUGUUAUCGGAGAAGCCAGUAUUUCAACUUAGCAUGUUUCCUAAUUCUCUAAUGACAUAUUAUGGUAAUUUAUGAUUUAGUACAGUAAAAAUAUUACAUAUAGCACCUUUAACUUUUAAGGAUAAAAGUACAUGCUAAUUCACAUUUCACUUAAUUUCUGAACUGUAUCAUCCUAAGGAUUUCACUGGAGUUGAAGAAAAGGACAUACAAAUAUUAUUGCGAUAAUGUGUAUUAUACAGAUGGCAAGUGUUUUCCAUUGGAAUUAUAAUGCUGAAAUACAUUUGCAUGCAGCACAAAUACAAAUUUGUGUCUUUGUUACCUGCAGAGCUAUUGAUCUGUGAAAAGUGUCCAAUACUGUAAAUAUGUUUUUUAUUAUUUUUAUUGGUUUGUUAUUAUUAUUAUCAUUAAUAAUAUUGUUAUUUUUAACUUGGUAGAUAUCAUUUAGGUUCUGACUUUCUGCAUAUUCAUAUUUUCUGAUGUACAAAGAAAGCUAUUUUUAUGAGACUAUGAUGUGUGCCAUUUCAAUUUUUUAUGUUUAAUAGUGCAAAGGAGGAAAUGUGUAUGAACUAUGUUUAACUGUACAGUACCUCGAUAUCAGAAAAUACAUAAAAUGACACCAUCAAAAUACAGAAGGUGUAGCUCAGAUCCAUUUCAGCCAUGAUUUAUGUGUUGCACUCAUUUUUAAUGUGAAAUAUUUUUUUAAAAGUCCAUUGGUUUCAAAUGUAAGUGCAGUUUGUGAUUUCAAAAAUUUGACAUAACCAUCCAAGGUCUUUCACUUGUGCAACAAGGAAUGAGUGCCUCUCACACUUUUUGCCAUUAUUUUACUAAUAACUAUGCAGUCUUACAACCCAGUUCAUUUCUAGUUUAUAUGUACAGUAUAUUUGUUUGUUAAUGUAGUCCAGAUUCAGACAAAAAUGUAAUGUUUGUCUUCCAUGAGAAAUUACGUAAAGGGCACUUUGGAAAAGAAAAUGUAA